AUGCCCUCAUUUGAAGACAUCCAAAAGCAAGAGGCCAAUGAAGCCGAGACCACCCGUCUCCUUCUGUUUGAUACCGUUGACGCCUUUGAAAUUGGCAGCUUGGUCCGCUUAAAGGCCUUGGAAAAGUACCCUAACAAGCCCGUGGUCGUCGACGUGUCGUUGGCUCUGGGCCAGGUGCUUUUCCACGCGACCACUCCCGUGGCUGGCUCGUCGCUUGACAAUGACAUUUGGAUCAAGAGAAAGGCUAAGACCGUCUUCCGGUUCGGCUGGCUGAGUUACUUUAUGGGUCAGAAAUUAGCCUACAAGAAGAAGUCGUUGGAACAAGCCAAUUUCUGUUCGGAAACCGAAUACGCCACUCAUGGCGGAGCUGUCCCCAUCAGAAUUGAAGGGUUCGAUGGUGUGUUGGCGGUGCUCGUGGUUAGUGGGCUUGCUCAAGAGCAAGACCACCAACUUGCCAUUGAAGGGCUUCAGGAGUACCGGGCUAACCAGGGGAGAACCAGAGCCGAUUCCUUGGAUUAG